CGGGGACUCAGUUACACCACUGGAUCCAAGACAUACUGUACAGCCCGCAUCGCAUCCACGAUGGAGGAAGAAGAAUGGCGGCAAAUUGAACAUGUAUAUCGCGUCGAUUCCAAUCAUAACGUUGAACCUCAAAAUACUACGGUCCGUCUAAGUCCCGAAAUUGAACAAUUCUUGGAAAAUGAAGGAGAGUCUACCAAUCAUGUUUUACAAAUUCCCGUUAUAAAGCCUCCUUUGGUUGAUGAUUCUUUACCCCUUACCCACUACUUCAUCUCUUCUUCUCAUAACACGUACUUGUUAUCUCGUCAGCUAGUGGGUCGCUCUUCUCCUGCCUCCUAUACCCACGUCCUGUCUCGGAACGGGCGUUGUGUGGAAAUCGAUGUCUGGCCUAGUGCGAACGGAUUAAUUGUCACCCACGGCCAUACAUUUAGCAAGUCUGUGCCGUUCCAAAGUGUCUGUGUAGCUAUUGGAGAUGCCGUCCAACCUGGGGACUGGCCCGUCAUGGUCAGCUUGGAAUGCCAUGUCGACGUUCAAGGCCAGGAAGAACUGGUCCGUGUCAUGAAGGGCGCUUGGGGCCACAAGCUUGUUGACAAGAAGCUCGAAGGGAUCUAUGAUGACAUAGUCACUCCCAGGGACGUCCGUGGACGUAUCCUCCUGAUGGUAGAAUACUAUCCUCCUUCAUCGGGCGACUCGUCCUCGUCAUCUUCCUCGUCUGAUUUAUCUUCCGAAGAAGGCUCACGUAUCUCUGAUGACUGCACGAAAAUAUCCCCCGAACUCGCAUCGCUUGGCCACUACGCCCGAAGCAUGAAACCUAAAUCUGGCUGGCAACACGAGCGGCUCGCCAAGCCGCGUCACAUUCUCAUCAACGUUUCCGAGUCUUCCAUCUCAAGCCUCCUUCCCCACACUCUUGAGACUCUCAUCGACCAUGGACUUCACCAUCUCCGUCGGGUUUUCCCAAAAGGCACCCGCAUCACCUCAACCAACAUGGAUGUUCUCAAAUGCUGGCGUAACGGCACCCACGUCGCCUGUCUCAACUGGCAGCAUUACGACCGUAGCAUGCAGCUCAACGAAGGGAUGUUUGUCGGUACCGGCGGUUGGGUUCAAAAACCCAGCGGCCUGGGGUAUCCGCAGGACGGCAAAAUCAAGCUCAUCGGAGAAAUCGCGGGAGUUAGCUCGUUACCCCCUCCGAAUGAUUGCGAAGGAAAGGAAUACAAAGCCCAUGUCAGCGCACAACUGUUCCACCGCAGCGGGGAUAAGAAGUGGAAGUCAAGGUCCAUCAGAGCCGAGGGCGUUCCAGGGCAGGGCGCCGAUAUCAUGUGGAACCAGACAUUUGAAUGGGAAUUCGACAUCGAUGAGCUUGCAUUUGUGAGGCUCUGCAUCAAGCAUGAUGAAUUUGGCACGGAUGUCAAGAUCGUAGUUUUCUGUGCGCGCUUGAUUCACUUGCAACAAGGGUGGCGAUUCAUCAGAAUGCUGGAUAUGACCGGAAAGAAUUCCGGUGCAACUCUUCUUGUCAGAUUCACGAUCUCUACUAACUAGGAUGCUCGUCAACAUUAAGCUGUCGAGCAUUAUUCUGGACAAUAUUCCGGGUUUAUCUUAUACCUGUUUUGUCUGAACUAUGUCGCCAUAAGGGCAUUUAAAUAUACAUGCAGUUAAAGUCGC